AUACCUUGUGUGCUAUAGUUAUAAGGUUGUAACUUUUGAAGAACUAAUUCCCAUUAUUAAUAUAUUAUGGGUUUUAAUGUAACUAAUUCCGUAAAAACAUCAUCAGAUGGAGUAUGGCAAGGAGAAAAUACUUUGCACUAUGCUUUCCCGUUGUUAAUUAUUCAAACAACAUUAGUUGUGUUCCUCAGUCGACUACUUGGUUUCCUUCUCAAGCCCCUCCGUCAACCUAAUGUCGUUGCGGAAAUCAGUGCAGGUAUUAUGCUUGGACCAUCAGCAUUUGGGAGGAACAAAACAUUCACACAUUGGAUUUUUCCAUCAUGGAGUACACCAAUUCUUGAAUGUGUAGCAAGCAUAGGCCUCUUAUUUUUCUUAUUCCUUGUUGGCCUUGAAUUGGACUUAAACACCAUACUUAAAAGUGGAAAAAAAGCUGUUGGAAUAGCAUUUGCUGGAAUUUCAUUGCCUUUUCUCUUUAGUAUUGGAGUUGCUUUUGUUCUAAGAAAAGUAAUCAAAGGGAUUGAUAGUGUUGGAUAUGGAGAAUUUUUCUUGUUCAUUGGUGUUUCACUUUCAAUCACUGCCUUUCCUGUUCUUGCUCGAAUCCUUGCUGAAUUAAGGUUGCUUACUACACAAAUUGGUGAAAUGGCUAUGGCAGCAGCUGCAUUUAAUGAUGUUGCUGCAUGGAUUUUACUUGCUCUUGCAGUUGCUCUAGCAGGAGGAGGAGGAGUUCAUCAUAGUCCUUUAAUUUCCCUAUGGGUUCUUAUAUCUGGAUUUGGAUUUGUGGUUUUUAUGUUCCUAAUUAUAAGGCCAAUUAUAAUUUGGGUGGCACAAAAAUCAUCAAGCGGGAACAACAAUAUUGUUGAGGAAAGUUACAUAUGUUUGACUCUAGCUGGAGUAAUGUUGUUUGGUUUUAUGACUGAUUUUAUUGGUAUACAUGCAAUAUUUGGAGCAUUUAUUUUUGGAUUAAUUAUUCCAAAAAAUGGGGAUUUUUCAGAGAGAUUAAUUUUGAGGAUUGAAGAUUUUGUAUCUGGAUUAUUAUUACCACUUUAUUUUGCAUCAAGUGGUAUUAAGACUGAUAUUUCUCAAAUUCAUAGUGAUAAGGCUUGGGGACUUGUGGUUCUUGUUGUGUCCACAGCUUGUGCAGGGAAAGUUUUGGGUACAUUUAUAGUGGGAAUAAUGUUGUGUGCUAUGCCAAUGAGGGAAGCUUUGGCACUUGGAUUUUUGAUGAACACAAAAGGGUUGGUGGAGCUAAUUGUUCUAAAUAUUGGCAAAGAGAAAAAGGUUUUGGACGAUCAGACGUUUGCAAUAUUGGUGAUCAUGGCACUUUUUACAACCUUCAUCACAACUCCUAUAGUAAUGGCUAUUCAUAAAUCAUCAUCAACACAAGAGCCUCAACUCGAAAAAACACAAAAAAAUACCAAAAAACAAAACAAUCUCCGAAUCCUAGCAAUCCUACGUGACCCGAGGGACGCACGUGCACUCAUAAACCUCGUCGAGUCACUAAGGUCUGACAAAAAUAAUAAUAACUAUGCCUCAAUCACCAAACUCUAUGUGAUGCGACUUGUGGAAUUCACCGACCGACUCUCAUCCAUAUCGAUGGUUCGACGUGCUCGAAAGAACGGUUUCCCUUUCAUCGGCCGAGUACUUUGCCGGGACGAUGCGAUAGAUCAAGUGGGUGCGGAGUUCAUGGCAUAUAGCGUGCUAGGACGAGUUAUGGUCCGACCCACAAUGGCAAUCUCGGGUUUACCGAAUUUGCAUGAGGAUAUUAUUCAUGUUGCGGAGAAAAAACAAGUUGAAUUGAUUAUUUUGCCAUUUGAUAAAUAUUGGCAAAUGGAAGGGGACGAAGAAGUGGAGAUUCAUGCCGGGCACGGAUGGAGAAUGGCGAAUGAGAGAGUUAUGAGUCAAGCGCGGUGCUCGGUGGCAGUGGUGGUUGAUCGUGGACUACAAUUGGUUAAUAAUGGGAUGAGAAUUUGCAUUGUGUUUUUUGGUGGAGCUGAUUGUCGUAAAGCUUUGGAAAUUGGUAGCAAAAUGGUUGAACAUCCUGCUAUUAGGGUUACAUUAGUAAGAUUCAUUUAUCAUGGAAGUACGAAUUUUGAUGAAGUUGAAAGGACUUUGGAUGAUUCUACUGUUGCAGAAUUCAUGAUGAAGUGGGAUAAACAAAUUCUAUAUGCUGAGAAAGAAGAAAAUAAUUAUAAUUUGGUGAAUGAAGUGUUGGCAAUUGGAAAAAGUGGAGAAUUUGAACUUAUGAUAGUAGGGAAUAACAAAAGUAAGUUCACACAAGGCAUAAUGGCAAAACCAUUUGAUGAGCAGAAUAAUUCAGAAUUGGGACCAUUGGCUAAUUUAUUGGCUUCAUCAGGCAAAGGGAUAAAAAGUUCUGUUCUAGUGAUUCAACAACAAGAAGAAGCUAAUUUUGGGAACUCAAAACUGGCUAGCUUUAUUGAUGAGAAUAUUGUGUGACUUCAUUUAAUAUAAUAAAGGUAUUAUCAAAUUAGUGUUAGUUGUCGUUUGAGGGUCCUCUCUACCUCACAAAGGUAGGAGUGAGGUCUGCAUAUAUUGUACACAUGACUAUCUUUCAGACUCGACUAUAUUGGA